GCAGGAGUUGAACAAUUGAGUGAGAGUUUUGCCCAACAAUUAGCAGCAAAAGACAGUGAAAUUCAAAAUUUGUCAGGGCAGCUCAUGGCCCGACAUGCGGUUGUAGCCACCCAGACUCACAAUAUAGAGAAACUGAACAACGAGAAAGAAACAAUGACAGCUAAGCUGACUGCGAAGGAAAAUGCGGUUAAUCAAUUGAGACAGAAUUUGGAACAACAUACGGAAGCCCUUACACAGGCUCAAGCAACCAAUCUAGAUCUGACCCAACAAUUGUCAGCAAAGAUGGAUGAAAUUCAAGCUUUGAAAACCCGGCUCACAGAAAAUGGAAACUUGACACGCCAGAAUGAAGCCAUGACAGCCGAGCUGACCGCAAAGGAAAAUCAUGUUACUCAAUUGGGACAGAGAUUGAUGCAAAAUGCUAACGCCCUUGGCGUGUUUACCGCCGAAUCGAAACGUAAAGAUGAAGAAAUAGCAAGUUUAACUGAAAAAGUCAACAAGCUCAAUAAAUUAACACCUAAAUACAAUGAAUUGGAAGAUGCAUUGCUUAGUAUACGAACGCUAUUAAGUAACAUCAGUACUGGUGAAACAAGCACAGUACCAGAUAUCAAUAGCACAACAUCAGACUCUAACGUUUCGAUUAGUUCUUUGGUAACCAAAAUCGAAGCUAUCAUUAACGAACGCAAGAUAGCACAGAUGACAAAAGCAAUAGCUCCGAACAUCCAGGACUACGUCAAACAAAAAUUGAACCGCACCGUGGCUCAAGCGAUCGAUGACCUACAUGGCAAAGUAUACCUCUGACAUGGACGCCAUUUCCGCAACCAACAAUGUGAAAUUAGACGACGUCUUCAGCCCAAUGCUCACACGAAUGAAGAGCAAAACCAGUGAUCUCACUCAACUCUACAAUGUCUUCACCACGAGCGGAUUCAGUUUCGUGCCCCAGACGUGAACAUGGUAUUUCUUGCG